UCAUACACAUGGGAAGAUAAAUUCAUUUCUUUUAUUUCAAUUUUGUAUUGAGUCAAUAAUAGAAUGUUUUCAUGUCACUGCUAAAUUCGUUCGACAUCAUAAUAAAUUGAUUCGAAUACACAAGUGGUUAGAAUUCUUAUUACAACUCGACGUUCACCUGUGCUUUUCGGUUAAAUUUUAGUGCAAUACGAUUUUCGCGAAAAAUGAAUGGAUCUGAGAUGAUCGCCACAGACUUUAUUGGACUGAAGAAUAUCAGUGUCGAUGUUGGCCAAGACUUAAACAAUUUCACCACCCAAACGAGCCCAGAAUUUGACUCAGGGCAUAUUACAUGGAUAUUGGCUUGUACAGCGGUUACAUGGCUGAUGAUACCAGGUGUGGGAUAUUUCUACAGUGGCCUGGCUCCUAGGUAACGCACUGGAUUGAUUCAUUUAAUGAUUUUUUGAAUAAAAGCACGCAUAUCCGAGAUAAAAGCUCUCUUACGCUCAUAAUGAUGUGCUUUUGGUCGUGUGCAGUGGUAUCCGUUCAGUGGUAUUUGAUUGGCUACUCGCUGUGUUUAAGUAACACUGGAAAUUGGCUCAUCGGAAACGUUGACCAUGUCAUGCUCAGAAAUAUCGGAGAUUUACCUGCCACUGCAAACAAGAAAAUUCCUGCAUUACUUGUUGGAAUUUGGUACUGUUUAUUCGCUGCAAUCACACCAACAAUAAUAAUCGGUGCGGUUGUUGAACGAGCCCGUGUUCUUCCAUGCGUUGUGUUCAUAUUCUUCUGGUCGACAUUAGUUUUCGACUUUCUAACGUAUUGGACUUGGAAUGCUAACGGUUGGUUAAAUCUGAAAGGAGGACUGGAUUAUGGAGGUGGAACUCCCGUUCAUAUCAGUACAGGUGCCGCAGCAUUGUCAUACGCAUUAUUAGUAGGGGAGAGGCAGGAUACUAGUGAGAAACCACCACAUAAUAUGGCCCACGUUAUCCUUGGAACCAGUUUCAUUUGGUUCGGUUGGCUUAUUGCUAAUGCCGGAAGUGGUCUGGCUCCAUCAUUGCGGGCUGUUACGGUAAUGAUAACGACAAACAUGUCUGCAGCCGUGGGAGCUAUAACUUGGUCCGUUAUGGACUUCCGUCAUGAAAGAAAAUGGUCGGCAUUGGGAUUUUGCUGUGGAAUGGUAACCGGGCUAGUAGCAGUUACACCUGCUAGUGGAUACAUUACUCCAACGUCAAGCAUUUUGUUCGGCAUUGUAGGUGCAGUUGUUUGCAAUAUUUCCAUGUCUUUCAAACACUGGCUGAAAAUCGACGAUGCGUUCGAUGUGUUUGUCAUUCAUGGGGUGGGUGGCAUAGCUGGCAAUCUAUUGACUGGAAUUUUGGCCGACAAAUCAGUGGCUGCAGUUGAUGGACAGAUUAUUGCCGGUGGUUGGAUAGAUGGCAAUUGGAUGCAGAUCGGAAUUCAGGCAAUGGAUACUGUUGUCGGCUUUCUGUAUGCCUUCGUCAUGACCACGGUCAUUUUAUUUGUCAUUAAUAAAAUACCAGGACUGGAGUUACGUGUUGAUAGUGAAGUGGAGAAAAGUGGUCUGGAUCGAGCUGAAACGGGGUUUUCCAUGUACGAGCACGUUAAAGAGGCAAUGAGUACUGCGAUUGCUCUGCCCAAUCUUAAUGGUAACAGUAAGUUGACACUUACAAAAGAAAAUACGAAAGCAAUACAUGAGACCACUGUAGAUGAGUCGAUUUUUAGCGUAAGACUGUAGGUGUAAGUCGGAGGCGACGCAAGAACUAACUGAUUAAAUUGACUGAU